AAACCCGCCCACGUAAGGAUAUAAACAAACUCGAUUUAGGGUUUUCAGAUGGUUUUGCUCUGCAUUGCAGCCGUAGCAAGGAGAAGACUCAACUGAGGACCAUCCAUACUAAAAAAUGAAGACGAUUCUCUCCUCAGAGACGAUGGACAUCCCUGACGGCGUUAAGAUCAAGGUUAACGCCAAGAUUAUUGAAGUGGAGGGGCCCAGAGGGAAGCUUAGCCGCAACUUCAAGCACCUUAACCUCGACUUCCAUCUCAUGACCGACGAGGAGACCGGCAAGCGCAAGCUCAAGAUUGAUGCCUGGUUCGGCUCCCGCAAGACCAGCGCCGCCAUUCGAACCGCCCUCAGCCACGUGGAGAAUCUUAUCGCAGGUGUCACUAAAGGUUACCGUUAUAAGAUGAGAUUUGUCUACGCUCACUUUCCCAUUAAUGCUUCCAUUACCAAUGGAAACAAGUCCAUUGAGAUCCGUAACUUUCUUGGAGAGAAGAAGGUUCGAAAGGUGGAUAUGCUUGAAGGUGUGAACAUUGUUCGAUCUGAAAAGGUAAAGGAUGAGCUCAUAUUGGAUGGAAAUGACAUUGAGCUAGUGUCUCGGUCUUGUGCUUUGAUUAAUCAGAAAUGUCAUGUGAAAAACAAGGACAUCAGGAAAUUCCUUGAUGGUAUUUAUGUCAGUGAAAAGGGGACGAUAUUGGAAGAAGAAUGAUUAAUUUUCAAUUUUAUGUCAUAUGGAAGUAUUAUGUUCUUUCUUCCACCUCUUUGUUUUGUUUUUGUGGGGUUUUUUGUAUUAGAGAAUUUUGGAUUUCUGUCUUACAAGUCUUUAAUGGUUUUCUUACAAUAUGUUAUGGAUAUUAUAACUUUACCAUAUCUCUAUUGAAAUCUACCUUCAAGA